GGAACUUGAGACGUUAAAAAUGAAAAAUAAUAGAGUCACCCACACAGUUGCAAGGGUAGAAGCUCAGGCUCCAUGUUUUGUUUGUGGGGGAUUGGAUCAUUUAGCUCAAGAUUGCCUAACCUAUGGUGAGAUAAGAAGGGUUUAUGAAGAACAAUGUAAUGCAUUAGGAAUGGGUAGGGAACCUUUUUCACCCUAUUCAGAGACAUACAAUCCUAGUUGGAGGAACCAUCCCAAUUUUAGUUGGAAGGCUAAUCAAAACCAUCCCACAUCAUCCAACAGCAAUUGGAAUAGUGAAGCUCAACCACCUAGGUCUUACCCUACACCUCAAUACAAUGCACGACCAAAUAGGAAUCCUUUAGAGGAAACACUUAAGGCAUUUAUGAAGGCACAGACUAAGACUAACCAAAAGUUUGAUUCUAUUCUUACACAGGUGGUUGAAGAAAACAAGGAUAUCAAGAGUCAACUAACUAAGUUGACCAAUGCUCUUACUAUCCAAGAACGAGGUAAGAUUCCAUCUCAACCUCAAGCUAAUCCUAAAAAUUUACAUUUGGUGCAAGAAUCUACCUCUAAUUCGGAGAACAUUCAAGGGGUCAAUGCAAUCACUACUCAUAUUGGUAAGGUUAUAGAGCCAUUGCAAAAAUCACCUAAAUUGAAGGAUGCUACUCCAAGUAGCCGUGAAGACAACCUGUUGGAAGAACCUAAGAAGGAGGUCCCAAUUCGAGUUCCUUUCCCUCAAGCUCUUAAAUCUAGAAAGAUUUCAGACAAACAAAGUACCAACUUAUGCCAAGGUGAUCAAGGAUCUAUGCACCAUAAAAAGGAAACACCAUGUCAAGAAAAGUACAUUCUUGACAGAGCAGGAAGGCCAUUUCUUGCUACUGCUAAUGCUCUUAUUAAUUGUAGGAAUGGUUUGAUGAAACUUUCAUUUGGGAAUAUGACUCUUGAGGAUAGGCAAAAGAAGUUUUGGCAACCACGCUUUGAGGAGUUACCAUGUGAAAGGGAACAACCAAAGCCAUCUUCACUAGAGACACCAAAAGUCGAGUUAUCCCCACUUCCUGAAGGGUUGAAACAUGCAUUCUUGGGUCCAGGUGAUACCUUUCCUGUUAUAAUAUCUUCUAAACUUAGUGCUGAGCAAGAGGAGAAAUGGAUACAUAUAUUAAAAGAACAUAAAUCUACACUAGGUUGGACUAUAGCUGACAUUAAAGGUAUUGUUUUGGGACAUAUUGUGUCUGAAAGAGGAAUAGAGGUUGACAGGGCAAAAAUCGAGUUGAUCUCUAAAUUACCUACACCCAAAACAGUAAAAGAUCUUCGGUCUUUUCUUGGACAUGCUGGUUUUUAUAGGAGGUUCAUUAAAAAAUUUUCAGCCAUAGCUCAACCUUUGUGUAACCUCCUAGCCAAAGAUGUUGAGUUUAAUUGGACUCCUAAAUGUGAAGAAGCUUUUCGAACCCUUGUCACCAAAUUAACUACCGCACCAAUCAUACAAUCACCAGACUGGAGUCUUCCAUUUGAAAUUAUGUGUGAUGCUAGUAACCAUGCUGUAGGAGCAGUUUUAGGCCAAAGAAGGGAAGGGAAGCCAUUUGUUGAAUUUGAUCUCACAAUUAAAGACAAGAAGGGUGUUGAAAAUGUGGUGGCUGAUCAUUUGUCUCGAUUGGAGCUUAAUGACUCCAAUAUUGAAAGUUCACCAAUUCGAGAUGACUUCCCUGAUGAACACUUGCUCAUUGUUAGCCAAGUUCCAUGGUAUGCUCACAUUGUUAACUACUUGGUUUCUAAUGAAAUUCCAUUGGAUUGGAGUGCACAAGAUAAGCGUAAGUUCUUGGUUAAGGUAAGAAAUUUUUAUUGGGAUGAUCCUUAUGUGUUUAAGUAUUGCCCUGACCAGAUCAUGAGACGGUGUAUUCUUGAAUAUGAGAUUAAUAGUGUCCUUAACUUUCGUCACUCUGAAGCUUGUGGUGGCCAUUUUUCGAUGAAGAAAACUGCUGCAAAAAUUUUGCAAUGUGGAUUCUAUUGGCCUACUUUGUUUAAGGAUACUAAUUCUUUUUGUCGUUGCUGUGAUAGGUGUCAAAUGUUAGGUGCAUUAACUCGUCGUCACAUGAUGCCUCUUAACCCAAUUCUAGUCAUUGAGAUUUUUGAUUAUUGGGGUAUUGAUUUCAUGGGACCAUUUGCAUCUUCUUUUGGUUACCUUUAUAUUCUUCUUGCUGUUGAUUAUGUGUCUAAAUGGGUUGAGGCUAUACCUUUCCGUACCAAUGAUAACAAAGUAGUUGUUAAGUUCUUGAAAGAAAAUGUGUUAUCUAGGUAUGGUGUUAUUCAUAAGGUGUCAACCGCUUACCAUCCACAGACUAAUGGACAAGCUGAAUUAGCCAAUAGGGAGACUAUUCUUGGGAUGUCUCCAUAUCGGCUUGUAUAUGGGAAAGCAUGUACCCAAAGGAAGUUACAAAUAUCAGAGAUAGAAGAAUUGAGGAAUGAUGCAUAUGAUAACUCUAGGAUCUACAAGGCUAAAUUGAAAGCAGCUCAUGACAAGCAGAUCCUAAGGAAGAACUUUGAGCCAAAUCAAAAAGUGCAUCUUUAUGAUUCUCAGUUGCACCUUCAUCCAGGAAAGUUAAGGUCUCGAUGGACAGGGCCAUUUGUGGUGAAACAGGUUUUCCCUAAUGGUGCGGUUGAGAUUCAAGAUCCAAUCGAUGGGAGAAAUUUUCGAGUUAAUGGACAACGAUUGAAGCAGUAUGUGGAGCGAGUAGACCAACCUGAAGAGAUCACUCUCAUGACUCCAAUCUAUGAGACAUAACCAGGUUUUAUCUUUCCAGACUAUCAUUUGUUUUUCUUAUUUUCUUUUAGUAGUUUUUUUUCUUUUAUAGUUUUUUUUUAGGUUUGAUGACUAAAUGGAGAGAAUUAGAAGAAAAAGGACUUAAAUGAAAAGAGCUGAAAAGAUGAGGAUCUAAGGAUAAAUCAGAAGUUUAAAGGCUCAAGUGAGAUUUUCUCCAUUCUUGAUCAAGGAGCAAAUUGCAAAGCUCAGAAAUAUGAUGAUCAACUUGCAUGGAAUCCAGGAGUCAGGGACCAAGACUGUUA